AUGAUAUGGGCGAUGACCGAACUGAUCAGAAGCCCGAGAGUGAUGAAGAAAGUGCAAGACGAGAUUCGGACAACACUUGAGGACAAGAAGGAGAGAAUCUCGGAACAAGACCUAAACAACCUUCACUAUUUCAAGCUCAUGGUCAAGGAGAUAUUCAGGUUACACCCUGCGGCUCCACUUUUGCUCCCAAGAGAGACGAUGUCUCACAUCAAGAUCCAAGGCUACGAUAUCCCGCGCAAAACUCAGAUCUUGAUCAACGCUUACGCGAUCGCACGCGAUCCAAAACUGUGGGAAAACCCGGACGAGUUUAAUCCUGAAAGGUUUGUGGACAGUUCCGUUGAUUACAGGGGACUCAACUUUGAGCUUUUACCGUUUGGUUCUGGUCGGAGAAUCUGUCCAGGGAUGACGAUGGGAAUCACACUUGUUGAAUUAGGACUGUUGAACUUACUUUACUUCUUCGAUUGGGGAUUGCUAGAAAACGUAGGAGCCGAUAAGAGCAUCAACGACGAUGAAGUUGCUCUUGACCUCGUUCAAGUUCGUCGCCACUGA